CUCUCUCCUUCUUCUUCUCUUCGUCGUCAAUUUUCCAUUUUCCCUCAUCGAUUCUCCGGCGGAAAACCGAAAAAAGGUAAUUCAUAAUCUGAACCUAAACCUUUUCCGAUAUCAUUUUUAUUGUUGGCCACAGAAGGUAGGAAAAGAUAACACUCUGGUGUCCAAGUCACUAAGGGCAUGGCUGAGCUUAAGACUUCUGGGAGACCUAUAGACCAGUUGUUGGAGAAGGUUCUCUGCAUGAACAUUCUAUCUUCUGAUUACUUCAGAGACCUUUUGCGCCUGAAAACUUAUCAUGAAGUGAUUGAUGAAAUCUAUAAUCAAGUUGACCAUGUGGAACCAUGGAUGACUGGCAACUGUCGUGGUCCUUCAACAGCCUUCUGCCUUCUCUACAAGUUCUUCACAAUGAAACUUACUGUCAAGCAAAUGCAUGGCCUGUUAAAGCAUCCAGAUUCUCCUUACAUUAGAGCUAUUGGGUUCCUUUAUCUGAGAUAUCUUGGUGAUUUUAAGACAUUAUGGGGUUGGUAUGAGCCUUACCUCAAAGAUGAUGAGGAUGCAAGGACCACUCUUGCUUGAAGGUGCAUGGACAUGAUUUUUUUUUGCAGGAAUUCUCUCCUGGAUCCAGUGGGCAAAUGACCACAAUGGGUGUAUAUGUGCGUGACUUAUUUCUCGGGCAGUAUUAUUUUGACACACUACUACCCCGCAUUCCUGUUCCUGUCGUGCGGACAGCAGUUGCCAGUCUCGAAAAAAUGAAUCUGCCGACCAAACUUUCUGGGUCGAUUGGGGAUUCUAGUCGUGGAUCUGAGGAAACUUCUCGCCGGCCACCUUCUGUCAAAGCUUCCCUUUCAGUGUCCUUUGGUCAGCGGGCACCUCAUCGUGCAUCAACUAGAGAUUCAUCUCCCAUCCGAAGAACAAUUGCACCACCAUCCUAUGAUAAGGAUGGUGCAAAUGGUUCAAGACGUUCCCCCAGCAUGCGCCGGAGUCAAAGCCGUGAUUUAUCUGACCGGGAAAAUUCUGAAAGGGACAGGGGCCGGGACCGGGACAGGGACAGGGACAGGGACAGGGACAGGGACAGGGAAAGAACUAGGGACAGAGAACGUGAUAGGGAUAGGGAUAGGGAUAGGUAUAGGGACCAGGAAAGAGAAAGGGAUAGGGGCAGGGAUCGGGAUAGAGAUAGAAGGUAUGAUAACGAAAGAGAUCGUGAAAGGGACAGAGACAGGAGGCAUGAUUAUGACAGAGACCGGGGAAGGGAUAGAGACAGGAGGUAUGACUAUGAUCGAAGGUCAAUUGAGAGAAGCAGAAGAGACUAUGACAGGAGCAGGAGCCGUAGUAGGAGUAGAAGCCACAGCCGAAGCUUGCAUGAUCAAGGUACAAGGCUUGACCAGCAGCGAACUCCACCUAGGGAUGAGAGCAAGGAGAAGAAGGCUGCAUCUAGCAAUCUGGCCAAGCUUAAAGAUCUAUAUGGCGACUUCGGCAAUAAAAAGGAGAACAUAGGUGAUGACAGGGCUCCAAAUAGGGAUACUAGUACUGAGGAGGUUAUCAGACUUGGUGGUUCUACAUGGAGGUAGUUGGUUACAUUUACGUUUUGUAAGAGUUUGGAUACUCUCACUGUCUCACCUUCUCAGAAGAGCACAUUGACAGCUAGCCUUUUGUUGAAAGGGAAUAUGCAAACUGAUAGCUGCAGAGAGGAGAUGCUGUUUCAUGUUUUCUGCAGUCGGCAGAGCUGCUUGUAAACUGGAUUUCCUUUACUAUUAUUUUAGACUUGUGUUACAAUAUUGGAUGGAUUUCAAUUGUCCCUUUGUUUGUUAAAACAUUAUUACUACUUAAAGCAAUUGACAAACUUAUAAGACAAUCAUCAUUGCAGGAUUUGAUA